AACAAGUAUUUCCGCUUUUAAUUAUAUCAAGGCAUAUAUGAGCCGUAAAUAUAAUUAAAAGCUAAAAUCCCCACAUGGAUUGGUGCCAAGUGUUAGAUAAAUCACUCUGAAAGCAGCAUCUGAUCCGCCACAUGCAGCAUUUGACAAAAACUUCCGGUUUAACAGUCAUGGUUCACACCAGGAGGCGCCACCUCUCUCUUUCUCUCUCACUUGUGCUGGUUCUACGAUACGUCUAUCUAUGUAUCCACUGUAUUCCGCCCAAGUGGAUGAAAAACCAACUUGAGCAUAGACAAGAUUUUUCCCAUCAACCCUGUAGGGUGAAGAUGAUAUUUUUCCAAUCCAAAACGUAAAUGAGACCAUCUUUUAGUUGCAUCCCACAUUAGGCCAGGGACUACCAUGUUCUUUACACAACUCAACCUCGAGUAACCGAACCUCUCAACUUGAUCAUAUUUCAGAAAGCCAUAAUUAAACAGCUAAUUUCUCCCCAUUUUUCAAUCCCUACCUCUUUUUCAAUUAAGGCAUUUCAAAAACAAUUGAAACAUGUAACUAAACCCUAAACCCAAAAAAAAAAUCUGAAAAGCUCUGGAGUUUUCAACUUAUAUAUUGUACCAUACUUCAUAAUUGAGUUACAACAGAAAGUUUACCAUAUAAACUCGUAAACUUAACUAACUCUAAUCACUAAGUUCCACCAACUUCCAAAUAAACCGCGGAAAUACAAUCUCCUCCCAAAAUUAAGCAUUGUUUCCGACAUCCUUCCUAAUAUAAACCCCUGGCUGUACCGCUUGCCGCCUCAUCCUCGAUGGCAAAAUAUUAUCCAAGUCAACCUCCGCCAACAGAUCAUCUGAUAAAUCACCCUCACCCUCUGAUUUGUUCCCGCCAUCACUCGAAUCAUCAUCAUCAUCAUCAUCGUCACUAUCCUUUUCCUCCUCUAUAAAAAUCCCCUUCCAUUUCCGGUCAACUGCCGCAUCUCCGUUCUCCUCCUCCUCGUCAUGAUCAUCGUCAUCGUCAUCGUCUUCUUCUUCUUCCUCUGCGUCGAUUCCGGGUUCUUCAUUCUCAGGUAUGGAUUCAGGGACAGAGGAAUCGUUUUUACCAGAAGGUUCGAGGGUUUGAUUCUCAAGGGAGUGAUUUCCUUCUUUGGCUUGGAUUGUUUCGUCUUGGGUUUAGAGUUUUUGGUGGGCAAUGCAGGUUCGUGAGGGCUCUCGGUUUCGACCAUUGGAUUCAAAGCUGGGACUUUUAUGUAGGGUUUAGGGGAAGAGACGCCCUCUUUGAAAGAGGGGUUUUGGGUUAUUCACUGUCUCCUUUUUUGUGGGAUUUUUUACUUUCUUUUCUUGCCAAAUAUUUUGUAUAGCCUUAUUUCCAGAACAAAAGAGAAAUAAAGAAUUUUCCAUAUAAUUUAAUUUACAUCAACUACAAAUUGAAGAAUAAUGCUUAAUUUGAGGGAGUUUAUUUUUUAUUUAAUAAAAAGAAAAAAGAAGAAGGACUUGAUGGUAGAAAAAAAGUUGUUUUUAAAUAAUGCCCAUCUUCAAAUUGGGUAAUCGGAUCUCCUGGUGCCCCGAAUCUUUUCAAAAUGUCCCUUUCUCAAUUCCCAUCCUCAUAAUUCUCCAUCAUUGAUUUUUCCUUUUUAGUUCUUCAUGUUCUAAGCUGUUAUUUCCUUUCCCAAGCUUCAAGUAGAAACGCAAAAUAAACUAAAAAAAAAUGAUAGCAAUUCCGUAUUUAGCUGCUUUAACCACCUACUUUAGCUAUGGACUGCUCUUUGCUUUUGGUCAAAUCAGAGAUUUUUUUCGCAAAUUCAUCGACUGCUGCUACACCUCCAAUAAUCAGGGUUAUGCUCCAAUCUGCUUAGGACUUGAAGAUUUCUAUACCCGCCGCUUGUAUCACCGUAUUCAGGAUUGUUUUGGGAGACCCAUAGCUAGUGCUCCUGAUGCUUGGUUUGAUGUGGUUGAACGUUACUCUAAUGACAAUAAUAAGACCUUAAAACGCACUGCGAAUAUGAGUAGAUGUCUUAACUUAGGAUCCUACAACUACCUCGGUUUUGCUGCCGCAGAUGAAUACUGCACACCCCGUGCAAUUGAGUCAUUGAAGGGAUUUUCAUCGAGUACUUGUAGUAGCCGGGUGGAUGGUGGCACAACUGUACUGCAUAAUGAACUGGAGGAGUAUGUUGCAAGGUUUGUUGGAAAACCUGCUGCUAUAGUUUUUGGUAUGGGUUAUGUGACAAAUUCUGCCAUACUUCCAGCACUAAUUGGGAAGGGGGCCUUGAUUAUUAGUGACUCUUUGAACCACAACUCCAUUGUCAAUGGUGCAAGAGGAUCUGGAGCAACCAUUCGUGUUUUCCAACAUGAUACACCCUCUCACUUGGAGGAAGUCUUAAGAGAACAAAUUGCAGAGGGACAACCUAGGACUCAUAGACCAUGGAAAAAGAUUAUGGUUAUAGUGGAGGGAAUAUACAGCAUGGAAGGAGAGGUCUGUAAACUUCCUGAGAUCAUAGCAAUUUGCAAAAAGUACAAGGCAUAUACGUACUUGGAUGAGGCCCACAGCAUUGGAGCAGUAGGGAAAACUGGAAAAGGUGUUUGUGAGCUCUUAGGAGUUGAUACUGCUGAUGUGGAUAUUAUGAUGGGAACUUUUACAAAGUCAUUUGGAUCAUGUGGAGGCUAUAUUGCUGGAUCCAAGGAACUUAUUCAAUAUUUAAAGUACACUUGUCCUGCUCAUCUUUAUGGAACUUCAGUCUCACCACCUGCUGCUCAACAAAUAAUAUCUUCCAUAAAGGUUAUUCUUGGGGAGGAUGGUUCCAAUAGAGGUGCCCAGAAACUUGCACAAAUACGUGAGAACAGCAAUUUUUUCCGGUCUGAAUUGAUAAAAAUGGGUUUUGAGGUUCUUGGGGAUAAUGAUUCCCCAGUUAUGGCAAUUAUGCUUUACAACCCAGCCAAAAUGGCUGCAUUCUCACGUGAGUGCCUCAAGCAGAAUGUGGCCGUUGUGACAGUGACUUUUCCAGCAACACCGUUGCUGUUGGCAAGGGCACGCAUAUGCGUAUCUGCUUCUCAUACCAAGGAAGAUCUUAUUAAAGCCUUGGAGGUUAUCGAUCAGGUUGGUGAUCUUGUGGGUGUAAAAUAUUUCCCUGCAGAACCAGAGAAACAGCAGCAAGAAGAAAGGAUGAAAUUGGAAUGAGAAAUGAGAACCUUGAUCUAGCAACAAGAAAAGAGGGUAUGGAGAAGCUGGAGUAAAAAGGGCUAUCGUUUUAUUAUUGCCUUGGUAUGAUGGAUAUAUGGUUUCCUUUCGAUUUAUCACAGUUUCUGUACAAUUAAGGGGUUCAUACCUUGCUCCAAGAGAGCCUGUCUGUUCAUACAUAGUGGAGUCUAGCAAUCCUUUUUAUCUUAUGUUUUGAUAAUUUGUACAAAAGCAUUUGUAUUUUGUUGUUUUGUACGCUGACUCUGUAAUGUUUUGAAGCUAUCAUGAUGUUGGGUUGGGUCUUUUUCUCUCUUAUGUUGCUGACUGCUCGCAGUGUCCCUAAGCUGGGGGUUGGGACUGGGAGGACUAAUCAUCUAAAGAACAUAAAUGAGCAGAGAAAAGCUAGUUUGGCUCCAUUAUAAUCAAUUCAUCAGCUUGGGCAGAACUAGUGUUCAAGUCAAGCUUAAGCAUUUUCUUCAAAAGUCACCUCCUUUGAAAAUGCCUAAAUUCAAAAAAAAAAAAGAAAAAGGGGCC